AUGAAUAAAAAGCAGAUAAAAUAAGACAAGCUUCUCAAAAAAAAAGUAUUGUAUUAAGAGUACUGGAAAACUAUUUUUAUCUAAUCCAAUAGAGAAAAGGACAAGGCAAAAGAUGGAGACACUAGCACAAAUAUUGUAGAACUUUAAUCAAAAGAGAAAACGAGCCAAAAUAACCAAAGAUUAGAGUAAGAUUUUGAAAAGGUAUUAUCAGAAUAGAAUCACAAUCUUAAAUUUCUAAAAGUAAAAUUAUAUAAUUAAUAGAAUGAAAACCCAAUUCAAGAAAAUAGAAUUUUAUAAUAGAAGACAUAAAGUCAGGAACAAAAUAAGGCUACUCAAACGAAUGGAUUAAUUUAACCUACUUCAAGCAGUGUGGAGACUUAGACUAUCAAUCAAAAAAAUACUCUUGUUGAUGCUAAGGAUUCAGGAAAAAAAAGUCACUUAUUAGAUAUCAAAAAGGAUCUCAACUCUGAUGGCAAACAAAUCGAAAGAAAUUAAGAAUCAUCAAACAUUCCAAUUUUGAACUCUCCUUAAGAGUAGUUGCAUUCUAAUAUUAAAGCUUAGACUAACAUUGGAAUUAAUAAAUAAUAGCAGAGAACUACUUAAAAAAUUGGAAAAUCUAUAACUGAUUGUUAAUAAAUAAAUUCGUAACUCUUACCAGCUUAAUAGCAGAAUAAUAAUCAAUUCGAAGUGGCUCCCUAAAGGUCUAAAUUAAUUAAGGAAAGUCAUUUUAUUCCUUAAAAUUAACCUUAAAUUAAAUAGUCAUAGAAGAUGAAAAACAAUAAAAUAGAUAAAGAAACUAACAACUGUUUGCAGAAAAAUGAAUUUGGAACCACCUAGCAAUUUGUACUUAUUUAUUAUUGAUAUCUUAGAAAAAUUUAAUUAAUGAUUAAAUGUCUUGUCAACCAUAGAGUUCAUCAGAUAGAGAAUAAUAAAUCACUUCAACCAUUGAUUCAAAAGAUAAUGCCUUAGGAAAUGAUAAUCAACCAUAACAAGUUAACUCUCAAAAUGAUGACUUAAACUAAGAAAACAUCAAGUCAUAGUCUGACUAAAAAGAUGAAGUUAAUUAACAAAUUGAAUCAGCUUAAAAUGUUACUAGAAAUUAACUAAAAGCUGUUCAUAAGGUUAUGAGAACUUUGAAUGAAAAAGUAAAGAUAUUAUUUACAGAAGCUCCAUUAAGAUGAUAUGAAAAUUUAAGUUAUCUGGGAUGAAGUAUUGGCUUAAUCAUCUGACUUGGUACCUAAUUUCGAGAAAUUUAUUUAAUGCAUUCAAUUCUUGCAUAAAUUAGAAAAGGCACAUUUUGAUUAAUAAAAAUUGACUGCUUAAUUAUUGUGA